GCGCAGGACGAGUUCUCUUCGAGAGUUUGCUAUUCUCUUCGUUAUAAAAGGCUACGUCGGUGGUACGUACGGUAACCUCGUCCGCGCGUGCUCGUUCGUUCGCCUGUCCAUCGUCCUCGUCGUCAAUUCUUUUUUUUUUUAACCCUUCUCGUCGUUUCUCAUCCUAAUGCUAUACCUUUUUUGAAUAUAUCGCGAGCGUAUCGCGAUCCCAAUAUAAUCUGCUUGUGAUCAUUAUUAUUAUCAUCAUCAUCAUUAUCAUCAUCAUCAUUAUCUUCGUCUUCGACAUUGUCGUUGUCAUCUUCAGUCGUUAUCAUCGGUCGUGGUUAGUCGUGGUGCGUGUGUGACACAGACGACAGAGUACGCAGGAGGAAAAACAGGAGGAGGAAGAAGAAGAGGAGAAGGAGGAGGUGGAGGAGGAGGAGGAGGAAAAGGAGCACAAGCAGGAGCAGGAGGAGAGGAGAAGGAAGAUCUGCCGAAGAAGUAGUAGGAGUAGGAUGAAGGGAAGAAGAACGAGAUUUCAAAAAUAAUAAUUUCGGGUACGCGAGGUAGAGGUUUUAACCGAAUGGAGGAAAAUUUCGCUACAACAAGUUGGAGAAUUGAUCGAUUUUGGUGAGCGGGAUAUGGUCUCAGGUGCGACGGCGGGGCGAUGACGCUCUAUCACCGUCCACCGUCAUCACCAGGAGUCCCCCAGGACUCACCCAGCUUCCUAAACCUAAUCCCACACCCGAUCCCGAUCCCAAUAAUCUCGACAACGAGGACGUAUCGUCUUUCCCGUCGAUCGGCAAGGACGACGUGGACGACGUGGUGGACGAAAACGACGACGACGACGACGACGACGAGGACAAGGACAAGGACAACGACGACAACGACGACGACGACGACGACGACGACGACGACACCGACGACGAGAAGCGUCGCGAAAACGGACGCUACGUGUUCGUUCGCGAAAAGGUAUGAGAGAUCGUCCUCAUCGCUAUCGAGAACAUCACGGACAGGCCAUGCCCCUCGAGGAGGUCCAAGGAUUGUUACUUCCACCCUCAAGAACAGGUAACCGGGGACCUUUGAAUGUGACGAUUGUACAGGUGGGAAGAGGGAAUGGGGGAGGUACUGGAGAUAGUGGAAAUGAUUUAUUGAGGUUGGAGCCGCCAUCGGAUUUAAGGCCCGCACCAUCGCCACUUUCCGAUACCAGUGCCACCUUACAGUCCGACAUUAAUGACACCUUUACUGGAGGUGUCGAUCCUAGGCUACUGUUGGGUGGCACUGGAAUCGGAGGUGAUCGUAACACGUGGGAGGGUCGUUAUCAUGUAAAGGAACAUCGCCGUGCUGGAAAAGCAACCUUCCAGGGUCAAGUUUACAACUUUUUGGAACGUCCCACCGGCUGGAAGUGCUUCCUGUAUCACUUCUCUGUGUAA